CUCUCUGAGCUUGUUAUCAGUGAGCAACACACACAGGAAGUCCUGUCUGGGAUUGUCCAUUCCAAUCCUGAUUUAUACAGGAAGAAAACCAUAAAAAGCCUCCCUUCCACCUCUAAAGGGACCUCCUGCCUGCCUGCAGCACCAGUGACCAGCCACGCUGGGGAAGCACAGGAGAGGAGCAGAUGCAGCCAGUUAGGGAGGAGAGGCCUUGGCCAUGCAGCAGCGGCAAACAGCAGAGGAGGUGGCGGCUGGGUUGUGGAGAGUUGCUUGGAGCAGGAGAAGGUGGCCCAUUUCCCAUGGCCGCUGCAGAGGGACGCAGAGAGGAGGAGAGGACGUAGCAGGGUACCAUUUUCUUUCAGAGCCACAACUCCCGUGUGGAUCUGGAGCCAAAGCCUGUACUCCUCCCUCAGUGCCCUGCUGCAGCGUUUGCUGCACACCCAAAACUCUGAUGUCACUGGGAACCAGGUGUGCAAGGAAUCCAGGAUCUCAUCUUUAUCCCACACUCAGCCUUCAGUGCCUGGGAUCUCAUGUCUGCUUUACAUAAACCCACUGACAUCACCAGAGCUGUGCGCCUACCAUGUCUGCCGCUUAUGCUAUAAGAAUCUGCACUGCAGGUGACAUGAGGUAAGAAAUCAUGGUGCCGUUUAAAGGAAGCAUCCUCCGUUCAUGACAAAUGACUGAUUUCAGCAGAUCAGGGUUCCCCACUGAAGAGACACAUGCAGUAAGAGCCAGUGCUUCCCAUCAAAGAGUGACACCCCUUCAUGCCACACAAUAUCGCACAGCAGGAAAGAAAGAGCCAGCAGAGGACAGGAAAUGCAGAGAAUCAGCUGCCUCCUCACGGGAUUUGUCUUAAUCCUUGGUGUGACCAGCACUGAGCGUUUUGCCCGGUCAGGCCGCAGGGUGUGCUCUGCAGAGAUGCAGAACGGAGCCGCUUCCUAUGUGGAGUCCCACGUGCAGCCUGUCUACCAGCCCUACCUCACAACGUGCCAGGGACACCGGCUCUGCAGUACGUACAGAACCACAUACAAGGUUGCCUAUCGCCUGGCCUACAGGAGAUUUUCCCAGCCCAUCUAUAUGUGCUGCCCCGGAUGGAGGCGGGCAAACGUCCACGCAGUCGGAUGCAGCAAAGCCAUUUGCAGGUUGCCUUGUCAAAACGGUGGGAGCUGUUCAGCCCCAGACAGAUGCACCUGCCCCCCAGGAUGGAUGGGGAAAUCCUGCCAGACAGACGUGGAUGAAUGCACUGGCCCGGGCCACGGCUGCAGCCGGCAUUGUGUCAACACGCCUGGGAGCUACGGCUGUGCCUGUCGGGCUGGGCAAAGGCUCUCCGCCGAUGGGAAAUCAUGCCAGGCUUCGGAGCCACCCACUGAGACAGAGGCCUCCCCCGCCCUCAACCGAUCAGGCGCCUCCAGUGAAAUGAAGGAAGAAAUGCAAGCCCUCCGGAGCCGGGUGGAAGUGCUGGAGCAGAAACUCCAGUUACUAUUGGCUCCAUUCCAUAACCUCAUGCCAUCGGCAGCAGAUGACGUUAGCACAGACCCCAUCAGCCAGCUGUUCUACUCCCUGCGGCAGCUGGAUAGAAUCGAGUCCCUGAGUGAGCAGAUCUCCUUCCUGGAGGAGCGACUGGAGACAUGUUCGUGUAAGAAUGAACGCUAAUAAUAAUAAUAAGAGGAGCAGCACUUCAUUGUGGGAGCAGAGUGAUUGGUAACCCUGGAUUUCCUAUCUCAGCACCUCUUGACCCAGCCUGCCGAAAGAGGCCAUGAUGCCUUCAGGACCACGUGGGAUGGAGCCAUAAAGAGCUUAUUUUGAUA